UCUUCUUCUUCACCGUAUUCACAUUUCCCCUCUUUCGAGCCCUAAUUUCUCUCUCCCAAAUACAAAUCUCCGAUCCAAUCAUGUCAAUUAACCACCGGACUUCCACCGGAGACCGUCGGAAUCCUAGUCGUUUACAGCGUCGAGCACCGGCAUCGAUUCAAAUCAACCGACCGACCGAUUGGAAUGUGGCUAUACCUCUUUUAUCGCCGUUGAUUACUUCUCCGGCUUCUCCUGAUGCCGGAAAUCUGAAAUCGGUGAUUAAUCGUCUCUCUAAUUCUAAUUCUAAUUCUAAUUCGAGUAAUAGUAAGAAAGAGGAAGUGAAGAAAGAGUUGCCGGUGUUUAAGAAGUGGCAACAUCCAGCGGCGCCGUUUUGUCAUGAACCGGCGCCGUUGAUUCAGUUUUUGUGUACAGGAACCGCCGAUAGACGGUGAAAUUUAUCAUAGAUCUAAAAAAAAACUGAAUCUCUUAAUUUCAAAAGUAUAGAUAGAUAUCUGAUUGAAGCUUUUGAUACAAAUUGUUGAUAGGUUUUUUUCUAUUAGGAUGCAGAAUUUGUAUAAUUAGAUUAUUAACAAAGUUAUGAAAACUGAUUAAGGAAAAAUUAUCUCUCUCUUUUUUUUUUGUUUCCAUUAAUUACUUCGAUGAGAUGAUCAUGUGAAAGUGUAAAUCACAGCUGUCACUUUUUGUUUUUUUUGCUUUAGAACAAAUUAAAUGACAAUGUUUGUUUGACCAA